UUGUCUGAUCUGUGAAUUUAUAUAUAUCUUAAUUUUAAGAUAUAUCAGUUUUGUUUUAAGUCCUAAAAUUUGUAAUUGUAAUUUGGAAAUAAUGAACACGAAACAAUAAAUGUGUUUUGAAAAUGUGUUUAUUAUAGAUAGUUCAAUUUAAAUUAAUUGUUGCUCACAUUUGUAGGUUUAAUUUUAUGCCAUGGAAGUCACCGGCUUUAGAAUAUUAUUUUUUAUUUGGGCCAUAGUUUUCGUUUCUCUGACCUCGAGUACAGCUCAGACAAAUAGAGAUGAGAAGAAGUCCAAAUCAGUAACAACAUUUGUUAGUGCAAAAUGGGAGGUCACUCCUAUUGUCCUGGAGUUGGCUGAAUAUUUUUCUAGUGAGAGUACAGACUUAUUUUGGUCAUUUGUUGACGGCAUAAAUGCUUUAAAAUCUAGUCUAGAGACAUUGGAUACUGAUAAGCAAGUGUAUGAUGUAUGUAUUGGUGUAGCUGGUACAUUGCUUGCGCCUGCACAGCUGCGCAUGGCUAAGCUGGCACUGUCAAUGCAUAUGACAUCACCAACAGUGCGUAUGUUUGACCAAAUUGCCACACAGAAUGGAGCUAAGGAUGUACCAUGUGAUACAUUUGUUUCUUUAGCAUCAAAAAAAGUAUGUGAUAAUGAUGUAUUGCGUGAUAUACUCAAGUCGCUGGAUCAAUACAAUGUUAAUGAACAUAAACUAGAAACAUAUCUGUUAGAUCAUUCAUAUCCAGGCAGUGAUAAUAAAACUCUCACAGCUAUUCUUUAUGGAGAACUUGGUAUGACUGAAUUUGCAACUAAACAUAAAAUAUUGUCCACAUAUGCAGAUAAAGGGGCGAUAAAUUAUGUUAUUAGGUGGAAUGUGAAGCAUCGAGGAAAACCUAAAGUAAGGCUAUCGGGUUAUGGAGUAGAGUUGCAGUUAAAGAGCACAGAGUAUAAGAGUCAAGAUGACUCAACACCCAAGGAAUCUGAAGGUGGAGAAGCACCCACACCAUCUGAAGAGGAAGACGAGAAUGAUCCACAAAACCAAAUUGAUGGAUUUAAUUUUGGUAGACUUAAGAACUUGUUUCCAGCGCUUCGCUCACCAUUGGAAAGAUUCCGACGGCAUUUGUCAGAGUCCAAUGAGGAACUGGCUCCUCUCAAGGUGUGGCAGAUGCAGGCGUUGAGCAUGCAGGCUGCGGCCGCUGUAGUCGAUGCCCAUGACUCUAGUGGGGAUGAGGCACUCAAAGUAUUAGCCUCUAUUGCACAAAACUUUCCAAUGCAGACCAAAUCCUUGAUACACGUGAAUGUACCGCGUUCAUUUCGUGACGAGGUAUUAUAUAAUCAAGAUAUAUGGGCCUCUUCACUAGGACUUCGUGCCGCAGAGCCGCUAUUGCUUGUAUCUGGUGCGCAAUACGACGCUGAGGAUGUUGAUCUAAUGGGACUCUUGGCCGCGCUGCGGGAAGAUAUAGGCCCUAUGAAUACAUUACAUGCUUUGGGACUGUCAAAGAAAACAAUAAACACGCUAAUGUCUUUGGAACUGGGCGAGUCAUAUACUUGGGAAGAGUAUGGACUUGAUAUCCGUGAUACUGCUAUCACUUGGCUCAACGAUUUGGAGACUGAUGAACGGUACCGACGCUGGCCGGCUUCGUAUAUGGAGCUGCUUAGACCAACUUACCCUGGCAUGCUUAGGAAUCUAAGAAGGAAUAUUUAUAAUUAUGUGAUCGUAAUAGACCCGACGAGUUAUGCUUCUGGCCCACCGCUGAAGCUAGGCGAGACGUUACUGAGACAUGCGACUCCGGUGCGUGUAGGUCUAGUUCUCGCGCCGUCUGGCGGACAAUUUGAAAGUGCUGUUCGCUCUGCCUUCAACUAUAUCGCGCAGGAGAAAAAUUCCAAUAAGGAAGCCUUCUUCUUCUUAUCUCAGUUGCUAAAUAACCAAGAGGAAAGUCUGAGUAUAGAGUUAGUGAAAAAGCAACUUAGCAAGUAUGUCAGUUCUGGUACAAAUAUUGAUGAAAUAAUUUUUGAAGACGACUACAACUUUGGCAGGCAGCUGGCAGAAGAAUUUGUUUCUAAACUUGGAACUAAUAAGUAUCCUCAGGUAUUGAUCAACGGUGUGCCACUGUCAGAGGAGGGUGGCGUGACCAGUUCCUCAGUGGAGGUUUUGGAGGAGGCUCUAGUGACGUCACUGUCGCGACACACCGCACGGUUACAGCGCGCCGUGUUCCGCGGCGACCUCGCUGACUCCGACGACUCACUUGACUACUUGAUGAAGCAGCCGCAUGUGAUGCCCAGACUUAAUCGACGAGUUCUUGGAACAGAUUCGAGCCAAUAUUUGGACCUCUCAGGUGUGCCGUCGUCUAGUGAAUUAUUUACAGAAGACAAAAUUCAUCGCCUUAUGCAUUUGACCGGUCGUGAUGCCUUGGCUACUGCUCUUCCAUUAUUGAAAUAUUUUACGAAAUCGGGAAAAACUGAUAAGAUAACACAAACUAUUUGGGUUGCCGGCGAUUUGAAUGACAAACUUUGUCGACAACUUCUCAAGAAUGCUUUGACGUUCAUGACUGAGAGUGGCGGCGUUCGAGUCGCGUUCAUACCUAAUGUAGAUGGAUCGUCAAGUCUCGACCAGUCUCUCAAUAAGGUGGUGUUAGCGGCUCUCAUCACAUUAGAACCUGUGAAAGCCACUAAAUAUGUGACACAGCUGUUAGAGGACGAAGGUUGCCAUGAGAAACAAAACUGCGAUAUAUUGCCGGAACUGGUGGCGGCGCUGCAACAGCACGCGUGGAUGCUGCGGGCGACGCGCGUGCUGAGCGCGCGCGCGCUGCGGCUGCGCGCCGGCGGCCGCGCCCUCGUACACAACGCCCGUCUUAUUGGACCUUUCGCCGACGACGAACAAUUCACACUUGAAGAUUUCUUGCUGCUCGAGAGGUUUAGUAAUAGAGUUUACGCUGACAAGAUAUCCGAGGUGUUAGAUAAGAAGAAAUCUACGAAGAACGAUGACGUAGAUGAUGAAGAUACAGAGGAGAGCGUGUCGCUGUCUGCUGACGAGCGCGUGCGCGCGGCGAGCGUGCUGGCGGCGCGCAGCCCGCGCGUGCGCACGCCCGUGCCGGCCGGCCUGCGCACGCAGCACUCGCUCGUAGAACUGCCCCCGCUCAUACACCACGAGGCCGCAGUCGAGAUCGUGGCUGUACUAGAUCCGGCGUCGGUGGCGGCGCAGCACGUGGCGCCCCUGCUGCUGGUGCUGCGGCGCGUCAUCAACUGUCGAAUCAAGCUGUUCCUUAAUCCUCAGGAUAAGAACUCCGAUAUGCCGCUCAAGAGCUUCUACCGUUACGUGCUGGAGCCCGAGCUGCAGUUCACGAGCAGCGGCGCAGCUGCGGGCGGCGCGGGCGCGCGGUUCGGGCGGCUGCCGCACGCGCCGCUGCUGUCGCUGGAGCUGCGCACGCCGCCCAACUGGCUCGUCGAGUGCGUCAAGUCCGUCUACGACCUCGACAACAUACGCCUCGCGGACGUCGACACGCUCGUACACAGCGAGUUCGAGCUGGAGUAUUUGUUACUGGAGGGCCACGCGUGGGACGUGGGCGUGGGCACGCCGCCAAGAGGCCUACAGUUAGUUCUAGGCACUCAAGACCGCCCUGAAACAGUCGACACCAUCGUGAUGGCUAACUUGGGAUACUUCCAGCUAAAAGCCACCCCUGGUGCUUGGACUCUCCGCUUGCGACCCGGCCGAUCGGAUGACAUUUAUGAAAUAGUCGGGCACGAGAACACAGACACGCCGGCCGGCAGCUCAGACAUUCAAGUGCUGAUGAGUUCGUUCCGCAGUCACGUAAUAAAACUCCGCGUUAACAAGAAGCCAGAUCGACAACACCUCGACCUACUCGUUGAGAACGACGACAACAACUCUGGCGGCAUAUGGAACUCUAUCGCCAGUUCAUUCGGAGGUGGCGAAGAGCAGGAAGUGCAGGAUGAAACUAUAAACGUGUUUUCGGUGGCAUCAGGCCAUCUUUAUGAACGAUUCCUGCGCAUUAUGAUGUUGUCAGUCCUCAAAAACACCAAAUCACCGGUUAAGUUCUGGUUCCUCAAGAAUUAUCUUAGUCCUUCACUAAAGGACAGCCUCCCAUAUAUGGCACAAGAAUACGGCUUCGAAUAUGAGUUGGUGCAAUACCAAUGGCCACGCUGGCUGCAAAGGCAACGUGAUCGCCAACGCACUAUUUGGGGCUAUAAAAUACUCUUCCUUGACGUGUUGUUCCCUCUACAUGUGAAGAAAAUUAUCUUUGUCGACGCUGACCAGAUUGUACGAGCGGAUUUGAAGGAGUUAGUUAAUUUGGAUUUGGGUGGCGCACCUUACGGUUAUACGCCGUUCUGUGACAGUAGAAAGGAGAUGGAAGGAUUCAGGUUCUGGAAGCAGGGUUAUUGGCGCAACCACUUGCAGGGUCGCAGCUAUCACAUUAGUGCGUUGUACGUGGUUGACUUGAAACGAUUCCGACGAAUUGCCGCCGGCGACCGCCUACGAGGACAGUACCAAGCCCUCAGUCAAGACCCCAACAGUCUCUCUAACUUAGAUCAAGACCUGCCAAACAACAUGAUACAUCAGGUGGCUAUAAAAUCGUUGCCUCAGGAGUGGUUAUGGUGCGAAACGUGGUGUGACGAGAGAUCAAAGAAGAGUGCCAAAACUAUUGAUUUGUGCAACAAUCCAAUGACAAAAGAAGCAAAGCUGUCGGCCGCAAUGCGCAUCGUGCCGGAGUGGCGCGAGUACGACCAGGAGAUCAAGGCACUGCAGGCACGUGUGCGCCGCGGACUGUACCAGGCCGCCGACAACGAACAGGAAAUUGAAAAUGUUCACCAUGAAGAGAAUGUUCCAAUCGAAAACCAUAUAAAAAAGGAAACUGAGCAACAUACCGAGUUAUGAUGGAAUAAAGCGCUGAUAUUGAUAGUUAGUGAUAAUUAUUCCAUAACCAAUUUUUUUUGUUGAAUCUAUUACAAAUGUCUUCAACCAAAAAUUAUAAUAAAUUUGCAGUAAUGCCGUUUGGUAAUAUAGUAAAAUGACAGAAAAUACUAGUUAAUAGAAAAUACUAGUAGUUUAAUAAUGUUCGACAAGCUGUCUUCAUCGUAUAAUAACCUCCACUAAAAUCACAGUAUUCCUAAAAGUUUCGAUUAUCGGACGGUGUUCUAUGUAAUAAUAGCUCAAUAUAUAGCUAUCGCACUAUUCUGUAUUGCCAUUUUGCUUUCAUGUUGUUAGUAAAAUUGUUUUCUAGGAUACGUUUUGACAUAUUAGCAGUGUUCGUAAAAUAUAAUAAUAAUUUUAAAUGUAAUGACUGGAUUGGAUAUAAUAUAUAUUGUUCAUUAAAUUGAAAUAUGGGUACAGAUUACUGCCUAAUGUGUAUAUAUGUAUGAAUUUGUAUUUUAUUAUGAACCGGGUAAACCGAUUUAUAACAGUUUUUUUUACUUAUAUUUACAGAGUAAAAAAGUACUUAUUUCUUAAAAUUUUUCUUAACAAAUGGUACUUUCUACUCAAGAAAAAAAAUAUAUAUUUCAAUAGUUCACCAGUGGCAUUAGAAAAAAAAUACAGGGGUUUAUGUUAUAAUAAUAUAAAUAAUUAAAUAACGUUUGAUGCAUUCCGUAAAUAGGGCCCAGGGCUCGAUUCUUAGUAACAACGAUAUUUCUAAAGUGGAUUUAAACUGAAUAAAUGUGUCCAUACCCCCGCUAUGUUGUUUAGUAUAAGUCAGAGUUUAGAAGAAGAGCGAUUGAUUUCGUAAAAUUUUCCUUCCCAAUAAUUACCUUCUACUAAUAGGAAAGUUUAUGAGUAGAAUUGAUAAAAAUAAUUUUCCUCAAAACUCAAGUGGAUUUAAAAAACAUGGUAACGUGGUACUGUGGUAAAAUGGAAACCUGUCUAGUGAACAAUAAUAAUAAGAUUACUUUUAUUGCAAAUAAUACUUCUGCAUACUGCAAUGAAUAAGUUUCCAAACCCCGAUGGUUGUUAUUUUGUGUUAAGUGUGCCUAUUAUUUUAAUUUCAUACCGUUGUGCACUCUUAAAAGGCGAACUGUAAACGUAUUAAUCAAUGCGGCCUUUUGUCUUAUACAAAAAAUAUUAUUCUGUGAAUUCACUAAAAUAUUACGUAUUAAAACGUAGUAAAUGUAAAAUAUAUGUUUGUUAAACUUUGUUCAUUAUUUUUUCCAGUGUUAUUCCAAAGCAUCAGUAAUGUUAAGAAAAAGUGAUGUGAUUUUAGAUAAUAAGUUAUUUUUUUUUAUGGUCGACUAGAGAUUUAUUUUAUAUUUUUUUCCCCGCUAAUGAUUACCAAUACUUGUGAAAUUUUGUAUGAAUUACGUAUAAACUAAGAGCGUUCAAUCAGACUAUAAGACUCGUAUUAUAUUAUAUAUAUAUAUAUAUCAGUCUCACACUCACCAAAAUUUACAUUGAUGUUAAGAGUACUUGGAAAUUUCUAAAUAAAAAAUGAAGCGAUAUUGAUUGAUUUAUAUUACAACGUGUUUUAAGAUUGAUGUUUUGGUUUGCUGCAAGUGCACUUAGUAAUUGUCCGAAAAUAUUGAAAAUUGUAUUUGACAUUUGGCAGAUGACGCUGAUUGCGAGAUGUUAGCAAUGAACGCUCUUAUGCGAUCUCAAUAUUAGUUAAUGAAAAUUAUUCGCCUUGCAGUGUGGGUUUACUACGUUUUUUUUAUUUCCACUAUAUAAUUAUCCACAUAUGAAUUUUGUACUACGAUGUUCAUAAAUCCAAUACCAAAAUAUCCUGUAAAUAAAAAUAUGUCAAAUAAAGUUGUUGUUAUUAUUG